UGGCCUCGCUCUGCCGGUUGGCGGCCGAAGCAGCGGCGCUGUGGGUCCGGCGCCCGCCCGUGCGGAGCUGUUUGGGGUACCAGGGCGUGCGCUGUUUUGCAAGUGUCAGUCCCAGCGUCGGUGUGCUUCUGAGGGGGGGUGCUGGUGUGCGUGUCAGUGGGUGAGUGUUUGUGCGCAGAUGGCAAAGGGAUGAAAGCCCCAGGUCCCUGCCAAGGCUGCUGCGAAGGGCUUUGGCAUCGUCAGUGGCCGCCGCUGCCCGGGGCGGGUGGGGGAGGCAGGUGGCAGGCUAGCAGCUGGUGGCCCCCGCAGGGAUUUCCGUCUCUACUGGGGCUGUUCUCGGGGCUGCCGGGCGUGAGGGUAGGUGCUGGCCGGUGGGCCAGGCCCAGCUCGUUCUCACUCGCUCCUUCCCUCCAGGCCCAGGGCCCCGGCUAGUGCCCAGCCCCGCUGGGAGCCCCGGCCAGCACCACGGACGGCGCCCAGGAAGCCCGAGUCCCCCUGGACGGGGCCUUCUGGAUUCCGAGGCCCCCCGCAGGUUCGCCCAAGGGCUGCUUCGCUUGCGUGUCCAAGCCUCCCGCCCUUCAGGCUCCAGCGGCCCCUGCCCCUGAGCCCUCUGCCUCUCCCCCGAUGGCGCCCACACUGUUCCCCAUGGAGUCCAAGAGCAGCAAGACCGACAGCGUUCGGGCUGCCGGAGCUCCCCCGGCCUGCAAGCACCUUGCCGAGAAGAAGACGAUGACCAACCCCACUACCGUCAUCGAGGUCUACCCGGACACCACCGAGGUGAACGACUAUUACCUGUGGUCCAUCUUCAACUUCGUCUACCUCAACUUCUGCUGCCUGGGCUUCAUCGCCUUGGCCUACUCUCUCAAAGUGCGAGACAAGAAGCUUCUCAAUGACCUGAAUGGAGCCGUGGAGGAUGCAAAGACCGCCCGGCUGUUCAACAUCACCAGCUCUGCCCUGGCAGCCUCCUGCAUCAUCCUCAUCUUCAUCUUCCUGCGGUACCCCCUCACCGACUACUAAGGGCCACCAGGCACGGCCACUGGUGGACACGAGCACUGAGAUGUGUUUAUUUUCAUGGCCCUUAAAUUCAGGAUCCCAUGAAGUGGGGGUGGGGCAGGGAUUCUAGUCCUGGGUCCUUGAGCUGUGAACCAUGCAGGAAGGCUGUCAGAAGCUGAGUACGGCAAGGAGGCAGUGAGCUUGGCCCUCAGCCCACCCCCUCUGCCUCCUGGCCUCCACCCUGCCUGUGUCUGGGGACUGGGGGCUUCUCCCCACGCUGCUGCACCCCAGCUUCCAGUGGCUCUGUCCCUGCCCUCAUGUGCCCCUUCCCAGGCUCCUGGGGCCCCAUGGACCUGAUACCCAGCAGGAAGGGCUUAGGCAAAAGUGUCCCAGGAUGGGAGGGCUGCCAGCAUCUGAGGACACACUCUGUGCUCCCUGACCCCACCUCCUCCACGCUGUGACCCUGCUCAAAGCCCUUGUAUCUGUGAACUUUCAAUGAAAUACCCAUGCCGCUCCAGCCCAGCCUUCCACUGCGUGUCCUCAGCAGGGGCUGGAAAAGUCUGGAAGCUUUGUGAGCUUCCUUCAGGGACUGCCUGGUGGUCGGGGCCCCUGGUUCUGUGUCACAGCUGACAGCAGGAGACAGUUUGCCCCAUCACAGCUUUGCCAAGCAGUAAAUGGGGGGCAUUUGGUGGAGGUACCCCAAACUCGAGUCCCUUAGAGGGUCAGGCAGCCUUCUGGGGGGAUGGAAAGGGGUGGGGCACAGCCUCAGCUAUGCAUGUUGGCCAAAUCAGAGCAGAGGAAACCACAGAUUCACUCAGAAGGAAGCAGCAGGCAGUGACGACAGACCCCUGGCCAACUCCUGUCCCUCCUGGAGGGCUCUGGGACCUGGGCAGGCCCCUUUACCUCUCUUGUGCCCAUCUCCUUAGCUGUAAAAUCGGAAAAUGGCCUUUCACUUCUACAAUCACUGUGAAAAUCAACUGAAGAUGCCGUUCAAAAGCCGAGGCCGGUGCCCUGCCGGCCUGCAGCGUGUACAGUCCUCCAUGUGGGACGCGGGACGCAGGGAAGCGCUCUGGCCCCUGGGAGCUCGGGCCCAGUGGUGGGGGUGCCAGUCAGCCCUAAAGACAAGUGCGAUGAGUGUGCACUAGGAAGAGCUCAGGGCGUCCAGGCGCACGGAGGAGGUGGGAGGUGAAGAUGGAGAAUAAGCCGAGGCAGCCACCGUGCAGAGCCUGGUGGCCUGGGGGCCCAGCUGGUCUGGGAAACCGCAGGAAAUUCUGCAGCUCAGGUGCACAACGGGAAGGCAGGCGGCCUUUCCCAGGGAAGGGGCAUGGCCGUGUGCUUCGUGUUUUGGGAAGAUGGUGCCCUCUGGGGCAGCUAGGCCAACCUGGAGGGGAUCCCAGUGGACAGAGGCGGAUGCAGGUGGAGGGAGCUGAGCCAGGGCUGGGGCCAGUGGCAGAAGGCCGGACAGCAGGCAUCUGGCAGCUGCGCGGUGGGGCUGACUGGUUUGGGAGGUAAGGUGGGGGAGAAGCCCAAAGGGUUCCUGUGCCUUGACUCGGACAGCCCAGUGGGUAGAGAGGGCUGUGUACCAAGAGCAGGGAACCAGGGAGACGUUGACUUUGAGACAAGCAGGGAGGGGAAGAGCCUUCUGGGCUGGAGGUGUGGGGUACCUUGGAAGGGAGGCCCUGGAGCUAGCAGCAGACGCGACAGCCUCAGGGGUCAGGGCACAGCCGUGGCAGGAGUGCAGUGAGCAAGACUCCGGUCACAGUUCUGACCCAGAAACCUGCAAAGGAAGGGAGGGUGGCCAGCAUCAGCCCUCAGUCCUGGGCUGCCGCUCAGGCGGAAGUGGGGGAAAUGCUCAGAGAAGAGGGGAGGGGAGUGUGUGACCUCAAAACAGGAGCGCAUGGGGGUCAGGGUCAGGAGAGGAUACGGGGUGGGGACCAUGUGGGGCCCUUGGGCACUGACCCUUGACCCCAGGCAGUGGUGGGAUGGGAGGGCAGGAGGCGGCGGGCCGUGAGACUGCUGCCCAGCUGCCUAGUGCUGUCCCUGCGCCUCUCGGAGGGUGGUGGGAGAAGGGCCAAGGGCGGCUGCGUGCCUCACCAAGCCUGUGGCAGCCUGGCUGUGGCACUUCGGAUGCUUGCACCAUUAGACCCAGAGGCUUCCUGGACAAGUCUGGGCUGGAAGAUGACGGCAGAGGCUGCAGGGCCUGGGAAGAGGGUUCUGGCUUCUAGAUCCCAGGCCACGUAGGGGAGACCGGGGUCCUGAGACAUGAGGUCAGCUGAGGCCCACCCCAGUGUCCAGGCUUCUUCCCCGUUAUGCCCGGGAGGGAAGAAAGUAGAGGGGCAAGUGCCUUCUCUGCCUAUUUCCCUUAAGCCUUCGAUGCCAGGGCUGGUGUGCCUGGGACCGGGCCAGGAGGAGGCACACCUACGCUGGGGAAGGCCUCAGCCAGCUUUUCCCUGGGAUGUGCCUGCGCCUGGCUGAAGCUUUCUGAGUUCAUGCGGGGAAAUGGAAUAACCACUUUCCAGCCAGUAAAGCCACCCCUAGCUCUUGGAAUGUUUGUAUCCAACCCCGGGCAACGCAGGGCUACAGAGGCCCCCGGCUUCCACACCUGGGGACCGGGAGAGGGCUGGAGCUCGUACGGCGGGCGUCCACGGUGAGGUGGGGCCGCCGCAGCAGGUGCAUUCUCACCCUCAGCAGGCAGGCAAGCAGGCAGCGGCUCCGGCACUGGGCUCCGGCUUCGAAGUCUGUGUCUUUGCCUGUCCGUGCUCAUCGCUGACCUGCUGGCGCUCCCUGCCCACUGCAUUCCUCCCACCUCAUUUUUAUGUGGUUUUGCACAGUACCUGGCAAGCAUCUGACAUUCAAUAAACAUUGUAAGAAUGAAAGAAUGAA